AUGAGCGAACUUCAAGGUGGCUGUUCUUGCGGUCGCAACAAAUAUACAAUCCAUAUCCCACAAAAUUCAGGAGAUGGGGCAAAGGUCUUUUUCGACAGCAGUAAUCUUCAUCGCAGAUCACAGGCAGCUCCCCUCUCGGCAUGGCUUCGCGUGCCACUAGCAUGGUAUCACUCGACGACCUACGCUUUCUUUGACGACGAAUCGCACCACUUAAUUCGACGAUCCUAUACUCCGCCAUCUGAACAAUAUGCAAAACGCCAUUUCUGCGGAUUCUGUGGUACCCCUCUAUCCUACUGGACGGAAGAACCGGCUGCUCAUGCAGAUUAUAUUUCGUUGACGUUGGGGUCGUUGGCUUCGUCGGAUUUACGAGACCUCGAAGAGCUAGGCCUCCUUCCCAAAGAAGCUCUUGAAGAUGCGCAGAAUGAUAAACAGACCAUCGAAUCCGUCAUAUCACGUACCGAGAACAACGGUGGAGGUGAACAAGGUCUACCGUGGUUUGAGACAAUGGUUCAAGGAAGUCGAUUGGGCAAAAUGAGAACAAGUAGAGGCACAAGAACAAGUAAUGGUCGAAUCAAAGUGGACUGGGAAAUCGUAGAGUGGACCGCGGAGGACGAGGACGGGCUUACAUCAAUAACAACAGGGAAGAGAAAGCUGGAUGCUACUAGUACAGCUGAGAAUUCUAGCAUGGAAGAGCCUCAAUAA